AACAUAACUCUGAUCACUUGGACUAUCUUCUAUGCCUUGGAUUCAUCGUCUUUGGUCUUGAAUUCAUCAACUUAAUUUGUCGUAUUUUUUAGAUUCUUCGUAGAAAUUGCCAAGAGACUCUUAUAAACUAAUGAGUGACUUCCCAUUUAAAAAUUAAGAAAACAAGUAUUGUCCUUGAAUUGCUUGGAAUAAUUUCUUAUCCAAAUGGAGUGAGCUUAUUCUUCUUAAUAUAUGUUCUUUAAUGUAAAGAAUGUUUUCACAAUAACUUUCUAAAAUUAGCUCCGGUCAUCGAUUCCCAAAGACAAAUUAAAUAUGAAUUUCUCUAUCUGUGUUUCCAAUUAUCAUCUUAUGAAAGAUCAUAAGAUCGGGCUAACAUCGUCUCUUUCAUCAAUAGCAGCAGGUAUGACCUCAAGGGAUAUCUGGCUUACCCGUCUAAGAUCAUUCAAAUACUUUGUAGAGUGGGUAAUGCUACUACGUGAUUUGUAUUCCCUGUUGGAGGGACCCACGCGGUGGUUUUUCUGUACUAUGCAUUCCACCAUUUCUGCAGUAAUUCUAGCUGUUGCCUUCCACCAAACCAUCCAUUUUAGCCAUGAUAAAAUUGGAGAAGAGAAGUUGUUAGAAGUAGAUGUGGGGAUAAUUAUGGAAAGAUUGUUUAUGGUGCCCGAUGAUGAAGAUAUAAAAAUAAUUACUAGCGUAGAGGAGAUAACAAGUUUGUUCCAUGAGAACGAGCCAACCUUCGAUGAACUGAAGGAAGCAUUUGGGGUGUUCGAUACAAACAAUGAUGGGUUCAUAGAUGCAAAUGAGUUGCAACUUGUGCUUUCCAAAUUUGGAUAUCCAUGCAUAUCAGAAAGUGAGUGUAGACGGAUGAUUGAUGGGUAUGAUGUUGAUAAAGAUGAGAAGAUUAGUUCCAAAGAGUUUUUGAAGCUCAUUGAAGAUGCUUUUCAGUGAUUUCCCAUAUGUUUCUUUUUUCUUGAACGGCAUGUAUAUCUAUAUAUGUUUA